ACAUCUCUAGUCUUCUAGAACUGUGUGUGCUAUUAAAAAUAUUGGAAAUAGUCUAUAUCUGUGCUGUCCAAUAAGGUAGCCACUGGGCACAUAUAGCUCUUCAGAAUUUAAUUAAAAUCAAAUAAAAUUAAAAAUUCAAUUCCUCUGUUGCACAAGCCACACUGCAAGGGCUCAACAGCCACAUGUGAUGAGUAGCUACCCGAUUGGAGAGCGUAGAUAGAGACUAUUUCCAUCAUUGCAGAAAGCUCCAUUGGACAGCACUGCUCUAGAAGCAAGAAUGAGCAAACGGAAAUGGAUUUUAGCUGAUGGCUGACUCACUCACUGCACUGAACUACACUGAAUCUGCUCUACACGCCCAAAGGGACAAAUUCAGAAAAUAAGUUGAAGAUGGUGGUGAUAUAACUUCUCCUGCUAAGCAUGAUUGCUUCUCAGAUUUACCUAAACUAAGAAAGGUUUGCUUUAAGAAACAGCGGUCUCUUUAGAAUGGAAGAAUCUACCUGUCUCCUAAUUGAUGGGGUUCAGACCAUGGCUGACUAAAUAAACAUGGGGGACUGGAAUUUCCUUGGAGGUAUUCUGGAGGAAGUUCACAUCCACUCCACCAUAAUUGGAAAGAUCUGGCUCACCAUCCUGUUCAUAUUUCGAAUGCUCGUUCUGGGUGUAGCAGCUGAAGAUGUCUGGAAUGAUGAGCAGUCUGGCUUCAUCUGCAAUACAGAACAACCUGGCUGCAGAAAUGUAUGCUACGAUCAGGCUUUUCCCAUCUCCCUCAUUAGAUACUGGGUUCUACAGGUCAUAUUUGUAUCUUCACCAUCCCUGGUCUACAUGGGCCAUGCUUUGUACCGACUGAGAGUUCUGGAGAAAGAGAGGCAGGAGAUGAAAACUCAGUUGAGAAGAGAACUGGAGGGGGCUGAAUCUGAAGUGCCUGGGGACAGAUGGAGACUGGAGCAGGAGCUUUGUCAGCUGGAGCAAAGAAAACUUAAUAAAGCUCCACUCAGAGGAACCUUACUUUGCACUUAUGUGAUACACAUUUUCACUCGCUCUGCAGUUGAAGUCGGGUUCAUGAUUGGACAGUAUCUUUUAUAUGGAUUUCACUUACAGCCUCUAUUUAAAUGCCAUAGCCACCCAUGUCCAAACACAAUUGAUUGUUUUAUCUCAAGACCAACAGAAAAGACAAUAUUCCUAUUGUUUAUGCAGUCCAUAGCCACUGUUUCACUUUUCUUAAAUGUUCUAGAAAUUGCUCACCUAGGUUUUAAAAAGAUUAAAAGAGGGCUUUGGGGACAAUAUAAAUUGAAGGAUGAACAUAAUGAACUCUUUGAAAACAAGUCAAAACAAAAUUCUGCCAAAUAUAAGAGCACAUCUGCAAAUUCACUGAAGCAACUCCCUUCUGCAUCUGACUAUCAUCUCUUAGUGGAAAAGAAAACACACACAACAGUGUAUCCCAGUCUAAAUUCAUCUUCUGCAUUGCAGGUAGAUCCUGAAAAUUAUAGUGGAAAUGAUGAGAAAUGCAUUUUGGAUGAACAGGAAACUGUACUUUCUAAUGAGAUGCACACAAUUAAUACUAUUUGUAGUCAAAUUCAACACAUCAGCUCAAGUAAUAAUGAAGGAACUCAUAAAAUAUUUGGAAAAGAAGUUAAUGAUAACCAGGUAAGGGAGAGAAGAGAAAAUGAUGGCAAAGACAGUGAAAGGAACCAUUACUCUAGAGGUGUUACUGUAGAUCUGGAAAACCACAUGAGGCAGUCACCCCCAAAAGUUUUCUCUCUGCCAGCUAACUGCAACUGGAAACCAAAGAGGCUUAACGCUACAUGGGGUCCCUUUACAGAGGAUCACAACCAGAGACUACCUCCUAAAGGCAGCCUCAAGGGCCAGUUCGGAGAGGACACAAUCAGAACACUUCCUCUUUUACAGGGAGACUCCCAACCACUUGACGUUCCUGAUUCUUUGGGAGAGUUGUCCUUUGACUCUGAGUUUGUCAGAACCUGCAAAAGUCUUAGUGCUUGUCCUUUAAAUCAUUUAGUGUCUCCAACAAACAACGUCAUUGGGAGGCGGGCUCCCACAGACCUUCAGAUAUGAACAGCUGUUGGCUUUUAGACAUUCUGCAUGUUAUACUAUAGAAGUGGCCUAGUGGGGAUGGAACGGGGACAAAAUAGGGACAAGACAGCUCUGAGGACCAGCUGUUAAGUCAGACAACUGUAAACUCAUUUCAGAAAGGGAAACAAGCAAACAAACCACCAAACCCAUUGCCA